AUGAAGAAUGAUAUACUUACUUGGUUAUCGGAAUAUGACGAGGACUGUAUGUCAUUUAUUAAAUAUUUAAUUGAAAAAUAUAAUAUCGCCGGCCAAGUGUUGAAAAUACUAUUAGAUAUUUGUAUAGAAGAUUUGGACACCAAAGAAAGAGCUGCAUUGGAAAUAACUAAGUAUUUUAUAGAUGAUACUACUUAUUUAUCACUUGUAUCUGAUUUUUGGAAUGAUUUACCACAGGCUUCUAGAGAACUAAUAUUAGGACUUGAUUCAUAUCCUAAGAUAUAUGGAUUUUUAAACUAUUUACAAUGUAAUAGUAAGAACAAUGUAGAACCAGCAUUACGAAGAUAUUGUAACUAUAUAGUUUAUUGUGAUAUAAUCGAAUCAACAUACAAUAUAGAUACUAUAACAACAUUUACUAAAUUAAUUUCUCUAAAUAAAGAUGUUUGCGACUUCUUAGGUCAGUAUUUAUAUGAUAAGCAUUUUUGUAGAAUAAAUGAAGGAAAAUCACUUAUACUUAUCUACUGCUAUUUUGAUAUAUUAAAAUUGAAUGAUUCUGAUUUAAAUAAUUUAUACACAAAUAUAAGCUUGAUUCAUACAUCUAUUGCGUGCAAGCUUAUAAAUAAACUGUACUUUAAAUAUCAAUAUAACGUCGAAAAGGUAAUAAAAUAUUACGAUCCUCUACUAAAUUGUACCGACAAAGAGAUUUUAGAACAAGUAGUAAUAUUUUGGAAUAGUGCGAUUGAUAUCACGAAUGCGAAAAAGGUAUUUAAUAACUUAUUUUACAAAGCUCAUAUUGAGGAAUCAAUAUAUUUUCUGUUAGAAAAAAUUUCAGAAAAGUUUUACGUGGCACUGAGUUCUAAAAAAAAUGAUUUAGUAAAAAAAGACUACAAAAUGAUGACUCAUAUGUAUUUAUUUACUAUUAGUGACUUGUUUAAAUUGAUAAAUACUACAAAUUUUGAUGAUGUUGCACCUUUAAUUCAAAAAUUAAUUAAUAAGCAAUUUAUUUGUUUACUUCCUUAUAUAGGUGAAAUUUUAGUAGGGUGCAUAAUUAAUAUAAAAAAACAUUUAGAAAUUGCUAUAAGCAUUAUACAUAAACUGGAUGAAGAACCACCAUAUAAUGUUAAUACAGAGGUAUGGAAUUUAUAUUUAAAUGUUUAUAAAAGAGAUAUAAAAAAAUGUAAAGAGGAGAUUUAUUUGUUUAUAGCGAACGACUUAAAAAAUUUAGAUUUUUAUGAGAAAGUCAAAUUAUUAAAAAUUUUAAAAAAUUUUUACAGAAAUAAUAAUGAAAUAAUAAAUCUCUUAGAAAUACAUAAGAAGUGUAGAAAUGAAUAUAAAAAAUAUAAAUUUGAUUUGGAAAUAGCAUCUCACAUAAAUCAUGAUACAGAUUUAUCUUUAAUAAGAAAAAGUAAUACUUACAUUUCUAAAUUACAAAACUUAUAUUGA